AUGGCUAUACGCGGAGAUGAGCAUGAGUUUAUGAACCUAAGAGAGUGGGAUCGAAGAGCUCGAUUGAUCCGCGAGAACCCAAGUUCAAGAAGGUUCUCUGCUUCAUACGUUGGAAGCUUUAGAGAAGAUCAUCCCAAGUCUUCUUCAUCAAGAACAUACUUAAACAACAUCUCUAGUACUGCCUCUUCUCCUGGUUAUACCCUCAAAGACGAGAUUGACCCAUCAACAUAUUCCUUCACCAAUGCACUCAAGGCGUUACAAGCAAAGACAAUGUUCAAUAACAGAGAAUGGUUAACACAAGAAGGGUUUGCGUUGAAUUCGAAGUGGAAUGAAGCAGAGAAAUAUAUAUGUAAUCCAGUAUCUGGAGAAGUUCCAAUGGAGUGUUUAUCUUCUAAAACAUUAAGUGCAAGAUCUUUUAGAAAGUUGACAACCACCAUGUCUGCUCCUCUUCAUUACCAUAAUCCCAAUCCCAUAAUAAAUAAUUUUGUUCAAAACAAAACCAAUGAUAAUCCUAACGUUAGAGUCAUUCACGAGGAUCUUUAUGCUCCUGAUCCUGUUCUUGUUCGAGCAGAAAAGAAAGUUGUGGGGCUGAAACGUGAUGUGGGCAUUCAGAGUAAGUCGGUGGAUCUUAGCUCCGGUAGCCCUAGUCCGGCAGAGACGCCUCCGAUCAUGGAACGGUCACUGAAACGACACGUGGAUGCUAAUGAUUCGCCAGUGGAUUUCAGUCUCAAAGUGGAAGGUCAACAAGAGGAUUUGAAGUUUGAAGAAAAAGAGAAAGAAGAAGAGAAGCAAGAGAUGAGUAAAGAAGGAGAAGAAACAGUAGAGAAGCAAGAGAUGAGUAUUAAAGGAGAAGAAAAAGAAGAGAAGCAAGAGAUGAGUGAAGAAGAUGAAGAAACAAUGAAGAAGCAGAAGAAGAAGAGAGGAAGUGGAUGCUUCUCAUGGAGAAGAUCAAGACAAAGAAAAUCAAAGUACAUCUUCCCAAUUUGUGUUCCUCAUCUUGUCAUAGGUUGUUGA